CACUCAGCCACCGUAGGCCCCGCAGCAGCGGCGCGCUUCCCCGCGGUCCUUCGGCUGCAGCCUCGCGCUCGCUGGAGAACUCGCCCGCAUGGCGCUCCCACCCCCUCCUUCCCUUCCGGCUGCCCCCUCCGCAGCUUGGGCUGGCCGCAACUGCGCAGGCGUGCCGACACCCCCUCUGGCGCGCGGGAGGAGGGGAUGGGAGUGAGGCUGGGCCCGGCCGCGCGCGGGGCUCCCUCCUCCCCUCCCCUCCGCUCCCAGGCGGCGGGUCCGGCGGGUCCCAGGGCUGCGCAGCGGAAGCCGCAGCCAGAGAGGCCGAGGCGGGAGUGGCCUGGAGCCCCGCCCCCGGGAGAGGCCGCCCCCGCAGCUCCCCACUAUUCUGCACUCCCCCAGCCCUCCGCAGAGGGUGAAAUUUAACAACAGGAAGGACGCGGUGGACGCAGCGGCAAUGGACUGAGCCUCAGGCAGGAGCUGGGAGAAGCCACCUCCUGGACGUUCCUGUGCCAGCAAGAUGUUGGAGCGAGGUGCGAAGUCCCAGGCCGGGAGCACAGAGCCUAGCCCCUCUGGCAAGGACCCGGUGACCAAAGGAGGAGAUCUCCACCAGGGCCCAGCGCAGAAACCUAGCCAGUCGGCUCCAGGGCCCACCGCAACGGCGAGCGCGCCUUCCCGGCCCCGUCGGCGGCCCCCGCCCCAGCGACCGCACCGCUGCCCCGACUGUGACAAGGCCUUUUCCUACCCGUCCAAGCUGGCCACGCACCGGUUAGCGCAUGGCGGCACCCGGCCCCACCCGUGUCCCGACUGCCCCAAGGCCUUCUCCUACCCCUCCAAGCUGGCAGCGCACCGCCUCACGCACAGCGGCGCCCGCCCACACCCGUGCCCGCACUGCCCGAAGGCUUUUGGCCACCGCUCCAAGCUGGCCGCCCACCUCUGGACCCACGCUCCCACCCGCCCCUACCCAUGCCCUGACUGCUCCAAGUCCUUCUGCUACCCCUCCAAGCUGGCAGCCCACCGCCACACGCACCAUGCCACUGACGCUCGCCCCUAUCCGUGCCCGCACUGCCCCAAGGCUUUCUCCUUCCCCUCCAAGCUGGCCGCCCAUCGCCUCUGCCACGAUCCGCCCACCGCACCGGGCAGCCAGGCCGCCAGCCGCCACCGCUGCUCCACUUGCGGCCAGGCCUUUGGCCAGAGACGCCUCCUGCUUGUGCACCAGCGGGGCCACCGCCAGGCGGAGGGCCAGGGGGAAAGAGAGUGAGCGCUCCCUGUGGCUCCCAGGCCACCUGUGCUGCCUUCCCCAUCAAUAAAGAGGUGGGAUUCCUAGGCCGUGUAGAGAUUUGCCUCUUCCAGAGAGCUGGCAGGAAGACUGGCCGUUUACACCAGGCCUGAAAGUAGGAGGUUGGGAGACUGUGCUCACCUGAGGGACAGGUGUCAACCAGACCCAGCCCUGGGUCCAUAACUAUGGACCUGGAGCUAUGGUUUGCUGGUGCUGGCUCUGUCUGGUUCUCCCCUCCCACUUGGAUGGCACAGGUAAAAGUCUGCAGGUAUCCUGGCUUGGUGAGGAAUGUGGGCAAACAGGCUCUCUUUAUGGUGCUGAACGUUUAGCUUGAUGACUCCACCUUGGCCACAGGACCAUUUAAGACACACGUUUGCCUGCUCAAACUAUUCCACCUGUUGGAAUUUGUCCUGUAAACUCAAGCAUGGCAAAGGGCAUAAAGGUAAGGAUGUUCACUACAUCAUGAUGGUUGUGGCCGGACAGGAGACUGCCCACAUGCCCACCAGUGGGGGCCAGCAAUGAAUGACAGUGCUGCCGUGGAAUGGAAUAUAGGGGUAGGAAGAAAGUCAUCACUCCACGCGCUGGUGGGGAAAGAGCCUGGAGACAUACAACGUGAUACAGGAAAAAUAAAGGGCAUGCCCCAGACAGUGCUAUCACAUCUGAAGGCCCCAAACCUUGGAGCCAGCCCUGAACACCUCCUUAGGAGUUGAGUCCUUGGACAAAUGCUGUCACCUCUCCGGCCUCAGAUGCCUUACCUGUAAAAUGAGGAUGUCUUAAGGCAUUGGUGAGGGGCAAGCAUCACCUCAGGCAAGUCAGUUCCCUUUUGGAUCUGUCUCUACCCUAAAAGCAGGAGGAACAGCCUAGCAUAGGACAGUUCUUUGUUCCAUAGAUAUGUAUUAAGCCCCUGUGUGCUGCACCCCGCAUGGGACAUUAGGGAUGCAGCAGUGUUGACAGACUUGCUCUAGUGAGUAGAGUGGACGUUAAUCAAGUAGUGGCCCAAAAAGGCGCGGUGAUGCAGGCCUGCAAUCCCCACAGUUUAGGAGGCUGAGGCAAAAGAAUCCAAAGUUCCAGCCCAACAUGGGCAACUCAGCAAGACCCUGUAUCAAAAUGGGAGGGGGCUCUUGCCUAGUAUGUGUUAGGCCUUAGGCUCAAUCCCCACUACCAUAAAAACAAAACAAAACAAAACAAAAAAAACCCCAGCCAUUUAUGAGCAGUAUGGGAGCCUUGUCUUGCCCACUUUCCCAAGAAUUAUACCAAGGCUGUACUAGUGAAAUCUGUCAUGUUGGCUUGGAGAGGAACUGAGAACUCAGACCUGCAUUUAUAUUGAUAGAUGACAAACCCUACAUGUACAUCAGAGAGUGACAAACUUCCCUAUAAGAGAUCUGAUAAUGUAUAUUCUGGUUCUCCCCCUCUCUCUUCCCGGUACUGGGCCUUUACACUGAGCUUUAUUUUUUGAGACAAGGUCUUGCCGCAUUGCCCAGGAUACUCUUAAACUUGCAAUCUUCCUGCCUGAGCCUUGCCGAGUGGUGGGAUUAUAGGGGCGAGCCCCUAUACCCAGCUAGAUAAUAUAUAUUCAUAGGUUUACAGGCCAUAGUGUCUGCCACAGUCAACUCUGCUGCUGUAGUGGAAAAACAGCUAUACACAAUGUUACAUAUGCAGGGAGUGCGGCUGUGUUCUAAUAAAACUACAGGAAGUCAGUGGGCUCGAUUUUGCCUCUGGGCUUCAAUUUACCAACCACUGCUGUAGAUAAGCAGGGAAAGGACAGACUUAUCAGUAAAUGAGGCUAUGAUAUAUGGAAAGUUAAACGGAAUCCUGUGGUGUGGAGUAAUGCCCCAUGUUUUAGUAUAAUCCCCAGAACCUCUGUUAGCGUGCACAUGCAAAGGGGACCUUGUAUAUAUUUAAGUAUCCUCUCUUGAGAGCGGGAGAUGACCCCGAUUAUUUAGGUAGCCCUAGUGUGAUCAAAAGGGUCUUUAUAUGGGAAAGAGGGUAGAGAGGAGAUGUAACAAUGGAGGCAGAGACCAGAGUGCUAGGGAAUUUGGGCAGCUGGUACAAACUGGAAAAGGCAAGGAAAUGAUUCCUCCAGAAAGCUUCCAGGCCUGUGGACGCUUUCAUUUUAGACGAGCCUGGCUUUGCACUACUGAUCUCCAAAAUGAUUAGAAAAUAAACCUGUGUUGUUUAAAGCCA